UUAAGCUGCGCAUAGCAGGUCUUCCAGCCUGACUAGCUAAAGAAGUGGUCAAAGCCUGCAAACUAGAUAUGACCAGGCUGAAGUCCAGCUAAAACUAGCCAAACAUUUUAGGCUGGUGUUUUUUCUCAACAGGCUUUUGAGACCCAAUCUCUCAAACGAGUUGAUUCCCAAUGCGGUUAUGCCAAAAAAUGCCUAGUUAAGCAACGUUAAGGUGAGCUGAACGAACAUGCCUAUAAUGUCCAAAAAUACUCUGUAGUUUGGCAGCUCGCAUAGGCUUUGAGGAACUGAGACGACUCUUUGAGUACGAGGUCUGAAAAAACAUCACCGUUUGUUCUGGCCUCUAUCACCAUUGCUCUUCAAUAGGGCACUUGACCCCUGGGUUUCUCCGAGGAGGCUGACUGUCCCUCCAGCUAUAGCGAAGCCAAGCGAGACACUAUUUUGCAAACCAAUAAGUCACAAGGUGGGCAUCAUCUCACUACUAGUGACUCCAUCAUCUCAUGAUGAUGCUGGACCCCAGUCGCAACUCCGAAACAGUACGGAAACAGCGCUGUCCGGGAAAUCCCGAUCGCCAUCUACCCCUCCACCCCCCUUUACUAAUGUUACCGCACCUCCAACCUUCCCUCCCCCAGCCAGAGGAGUAGAAACAACAAGCCGCCAUUUUGUUUGUGCGGAGAGAGUGAAGGAGGCAGGAGCGACCGAAAAAAAGCCACUCGAGCGCCGACCACUGCGACUCUGAGCGCCGCCGGCUCCGGUUCGCGGAUCCAGACCGGAUAAAUCACAAGCCCGGCGAUUAGCGGAGGCGACGGAGGGAGAUUAUAGAUUCUCCCGUGUGCAAAUCAAAGAGCAGACUGGGUUUUCCUUUCUUUUGCUGUUCUUUUUUUAAACGAAGCAGAGAGGCGGAAGAGGGCAAUAAAUUUAAACGAAGGGAAGCUCGUCAGGGGAAAAGGAAAAUAACAGCGUCACGAAGUGGGAAUAUCUGUGAAAUUACAUCGCCGGUUGCUGGCGGACGACGGCGAAAGUGGGGAAAAUUGCAGGAACUGUGCAAGAGAAGGGAGAAAUUUAAAAGGGAUGAACGCGCAGGGGGGUUCACGGCAUCACAAAGCCUAUGAAAGGGGUUUGAGGACCCCCAGAUUUUUGGGGGUGCAGCUGGCAAUAUCUCCCGGAUCGGCAGAUGCUUCAAACCCGAAAUAUUAUUGAAGCCCAGCUCGGUUUGGUUCUGUUUUCGACCCACUACUGGCUGUUCCUCUCGCUCUUUCUUAAUGCUCCGCAAGGCUCUUCGUGCAGUGACACAUUAUUCUUAUUUGCUUGAUGUGUCAGUGCAUUGAAAUACACGCACAUGCAUUGACCAACUUCACUUGAUUCCCGUUCUUUAGCUCGAGCACAGCGGACUGCGAGACAACAUCUUGCACUUCAGACCGACUGCAUGCAUGUUCUGUCCAUUAGACGGACACUUUUGAAAUAAUUUCUUUGCAUGCACGAGCUGUGCGCAGUGCAGGGUGGUCUCGUGAAGCGAUGGUCAGAGGUUUUCUGCAAACACUUUUAACUCGUGCAGUGGACACGUUCACACAGAGGGCGCACGAGCCAUAUUCAGAUGCGAAUGCACGAUAAACCAUUUGACUUGUCACUUUGAAGUAUUGUUGCAAAAUGCUAAGACAUGGACACUGAAAUAUGCAAGUUGUUCGGAAUCAUCUAAAGUGGUAGCUCGUGCAUGCAAACUCAAGUUGGAUGCACAUUCAUCGCGCUAUUUAUUCUGCAAAGAGUAUACUGUCUUAUUAAGGAUGAAAGGAAACUUUUACAUGCAUAUGACUGUUUAAUGAUAUUUCCAGUAUUUAUUUGUUCUCUCCAUUCAUCUUAAUUACUUGGGAGUAAAUAAAGACAUUGAUGAAGGAGAUUCAAACAUCCGUGUCAAUUUUAAGGAGCACGAUGGACUUGCAAUCUUCUAAAUAAAGUGAUGCAGGCUGAGAAUUGCACAUGCUACAAUGCAAAGACAGGCACGAUUCUGAAUCAUAGCGUUCGCUCAUAAGCAUUGCAUGAAGCCGCACCGGAGCGAGUUCGGUUUCUCGUACACAACGCCUUAAAAAAACCCUAACACUUCAGCUCGCCGCCGACAAUGGCGGAAAAGACGGAUGCAAGCAGCGAGGAUAAAUCUCGGGAAAAUUGCUCAGUCGCCGAGGAGGCUACGUGAGUUUGCGGCGAGCUUGCAUGACCGGCUGUCCCUCCCUUCACCUCCUCCAUUCGGAAAUAUACUUUUGAGGAACUAAAGACUAGAAAAUCUUAAAAGGGAGCUUUAAAGGUGGACUGAACAUUGAAGCUUUGCUUUGCAUUGCAUGCAUGUAUCGUCCCAUGAAAAGGAAACGGGAAUCCGUCCGGUGCUCGUGAACGAGGAGAGAUUUCAUUUGCACAUCGGCUCGCGACUGCACAGGAAGGGCUAUCCUACGCGGGAUAUAUGCUUUAACACUAAGCCGGAGGAAAACUAUGGCCGAUAAUGUGCUGGAAUCCGGCCCGCCUUCAGCUAAGAGGCCUAAAUUGUCUUCUCCGGCUCUGUCGGUCUCCGCGAGCGAUGGAAACGAUUUUGGCUCCCUGUUUGACCUGGAGCAUGACCUCCCGGACGAGCUCAUUAACUCCUCCGACCUGGGCUUUCCUAACGGGAUGGACCCCGGCCAGUUGCACACCACUCUGGGUGGAGGAGGGAUGUUGGGCCCUCUGGGUGGCUCGGGCCAGGAUACAGCGGCCAAACACAAGCACCUGUCUGAGCUCCUCCGCCCUGGCGCCCCUCCAUCCACCUCCACGGCCACCAGCAACCCCGGGAACGCGCCCUCCUUGGGGAUGAUGGGAGGUCUGAGUGGCAACCCGGUUACUCAGGGACUGGGUGGCCCACAACAGCAGCAGCCAGGCAUGAUGCCGCAGCCUGGCAUGGUGGCGGGACUGAACCGGGGCAUGAUGGGCGCCCAGAAAGGGAACGGACAGCCGCAGGGCAUGAUCGGAGGGCAGAUGAUGAAUGGUGUGCCUAGAAUGGGCUAUGCCAAUGUGAACAUGAAUGCGGGCAGGGUUGGUAAUGGGAACAUGCUGCCUGAUGCUCUGCAGCAGCAGAACGCAGGGCAGCAGAUGGCACAGGCAGCAAUGAGACCGCAGCAACCAGGAGCAGUGAACAAGAUGGGAAUGAUGGGUGCUCCAGGCCCCUACAGUAGUUCAUAUGGUCAGUGCGGAGGACAGUCCCUUGGGCCUCAGCUCCAAAACAAAGCGGGACAACCCAACAGCAUUAACCAGUUCAACAUGGACAAGAAACCUCAGCAUGGGCAGAACAUGGGUGGCAUGCAGAGCUCAGGUGUGGUGGGUGGCGUAUCGGGCCCAGGUGGGGCGGCGGCGCCCCCUGCAGCGGACCUGGAGAAGCGUAAACUCAUUCAGCAGCAGCUGGUGCUGUUACUGCAUGCUCAUAAGUGCCAUCGCAGAGAGCAGGCCAACGGAGAGGUCCGCCAGUGCAGCCUGCCCCACUGCAGAACCAUGAAGAACGUCCUUAAUCACAUGACGCACUGUCAGGCCGGAAAAUCCUGCCAGGUGGCUCACUGCGCGUCCUCCAGGCAGAUCAUCUCUCACUGGAAGAACUGCACACGGCAUGACUGUCCCGUCUGUCUGCCGCUUAAAAGUGCUGGAGACAAAAGAAACCAGCAGUCUCUGCUGGGAGGUGCUGGGAUGGGCAUGGGUGGUCCGUUAGGUGGGUCAUUACCCGGUGGUCAGCCUUCAGCCCCAAACUUAAACUCACCCAGUCAGAUUGACCCAAGCUCCAUUGAAAGGGCGUACGCCGCCCUUGGACUCACCUACCAGGGCAACCAGGCAUCCAAUCAGAAUCAGCAGACCUCUGUACCCGCUCAACCCGGCAUGAGGACGCUCAACAAUAUAGGUGGGAAUUCAAUGGGAGUGAACGGUGGAGUUGGCACUCCGAUGACGAACCAGCAUCCAGGAAUGCUGCCUGACGGCAUGCUGCACAGGAACAUGACACCUCAGAGUCUGAUGAAUGAUGGCUCUGGUGUUGGUAACAUGGGUUCUGCAGCAACAGCCACACCUCCCUCUGCAGGAAUGAGGAAGAACUGGCAUGAAGACAUCACGCAGGACCUCCGCAAUCACCUCGUACACAAACUUGUACAAGCUAUUUUCCCCACUCCAGACCCUGCAGCACUGAAGGAUCGGCGGAUGGAAAACCUUGUAGCUUAUGCUCGCAAAGUGGAGGGCGACAUGUACGAAUCUGCCAACAGCAGGGCGGAGUAUUACCACUUGUUGGCGGAGAAGAUUUAUAAGAUUCAGAAAGAGCUGGAGGAGAAGAGGAGAACCAGACUGCAGAAGCAGGGUAUGAUCCCAGCUCAGCCUGGCAUGCCCAACAGUGCUCUACCUCAAGCACCAGCUGGCAUGAAUCAGGCACAGCCGCCUAAUGGUCCCCAUUCAGAUCCGUCCCUAGUUCAAGCCACUGGACCCAAUCAGAUGGUCAACCGUAUGCAGAAUCCUGCUGGUAUGGCACACUCACUAAAUGGCAUGAAUCAGUUUGCCCAGGUGGGGAUGCAACAGCCAAUGGGACAAAGGGCAACGCCGCCCCUGCCAAUGGGAGCAAACCUCAAUCAGAUGGGUAUGCAGGGGACACCUCGAAUGACUCAACCCAACGUACCCCAGUUACAAAACCAGUACAUGCAGAACCAGUUUCCAGGCACGGGUGCCGGCCUGAACCAACCUGCAGGGCAGGGAGCCAUGUCACAGAAUCAGAUCCGCACUCCACCAUCGCUGGCAGUCCGAAGUCCAGUAGCUCAAACCCAGGCAGCAGUCUCAGGCUCUACAGCCGCUGCUGGCCCUCAGGGGCCUCCGUCCAACCACCCCCCCCCCGCCACACAGCCCGGACUGCACGCGCCCUGUCCUCCUUUACGCCAAAACUCCCCUUCUCCUGCACGCAGCCUCACCCCUACCCCCGCCCCGCACCAAACGCCCCCGCAGUUUCCGGGUAACCAGACCCCCCAGCCCCACACACCCACUUCUUCAACCACUAUGGCCCCACCUUCAACGCAGAUGCCCCUGAUGGCACAGGGGGUGGGCUCAGACAAAGCCAGUCAGCUCCAGCAGCCAUCGCAUGGGGGCGGAGCCGCUGGAGGCCCCCAAACAGGGCUAGCGUCAUCUGUGCCUUCCCAGAAUGCACACGGACUUUGUGCACACCCACACACUCCUCUAUCCCAGAAGUCAUCUCUUACAGCGGACGGUCAGGCCUCAACUCCUGCCUCGGACAGCAGUGCUGACCCAAGCUCGCAGCUGACAUCAUCCGAGCCCAAUGCCCCACUCGACCCCAAAACAGAGGUUGAACAGCAGGAAGAAGAGGAUGAGUUGGAGGAUAAGGCCUCAGGGAAACUGGCUGCCAUGCAGACUGAGAUUAAGACUGAAGAUAAACCAGAGGAGGAGGAGCCUGCAGGCGAUGAAUGUAAGACCGAGCCAAUGGAAACAUCAACUGGGUCGACAGCUGAGGACAAGAAGCCGGAGGUCAAAACCGAACCCAAAGAGGAAGAGGCUGCGGGAACGAACAGUUCUCCCGCAAACACACAAAGCAAGAAGAAAGGCAGUGGGAGUCUGUUACGUUUUUCUCUGUUUGUGCACGUGAACCUCUUCUACAGCGCUCAACAUUGUCCCCCUGCACCCUCUUCUCUCCCCCUGACUCUCAACCCACCGGGCCGCCGUCCCUCGCUCUGUCCGACUGCAACUCCCUUUCACCUGCUGAUGAACUUCAUCUGCGAUCUGGACUCCGUUCUCCAGGACUACUUUGAUAUAGUGAAAAACCCCAUGGACUUGUCCACUAUCAAGCGUAAGCUGGACACGGGUCAGUACCAGGAGCCCUGGCAGUACGUGGACGACGUGUGGCUGAUGUUCAAUAACGCCUGGCUGUAUAACAGGAAGACAUCACGGGUGUAUAAAUACUGCUCCAAACUGGCUGAGGUGUUUGAACAGGAAAUAGACCCCAUCAUGCAGGAGUUGGGCUACUGCUGUGGAAGGAAGUUGGAGUUUUCUCCUCAAACUCUGUGCUGCUAUGGCAAACAGCUGUGUACCAUCCCUCGAGACGCUGCGUACUUCAGUUACCAGAACAGUUCACCCAAAUAUGGGCUUCUUGCUGACAGGUACCACUUCUGUGAGAAAUGUUUCAACGAAAUCCAGGGGGAGAAUGUAUCCCUGGGGGACGAUCCAACCCAGCCUCAAACGUGCUGUCUCUCGUUUUCUCUCCUCAGGUCCAUCAAUAAAGAUCAGUUUCAAAGGAAAAAGAAUGACACCCUCGACCCUGAACUACUGUUGGAAUGUGGUGAUUGUGGUCGAAAAAUGCAUCAGAUAUGCGCUCUGCACAAUGAGACAAUAUGGCCGUCGGGGUUUGUUUGUGACGGCUGUCUGAAAAAGGCCAGUGCAACAAGGAAGGAGAAUAAAUACACUGCAAAGAGACUUCCUCAGACAAAGCUUGGUAACUUCCUGGAGACACGAGUGAACGAGUACCUGAAGCGCCAGAGUCAUCCAGAAACUGGUGAUGUCACCAUCCGUGUGGUUCAUGUCUCUGAUAAAGUGGUGGAGGUCAAACCUGGCAUGAAGUCCAGGUUUGUUGAUAGCGGAGAAAUGUCAGAGUCAUUCCCGUACAGGACAAAAGCUCUGUUUGCAUUUGAAGAUAUUGAUGGGACAGAUGUCUGCUUCUUUGGAAUGCAUGUGCAAGAAUACGGCUCCGACUGCCCUCCACCCAAUCAAAGACGUGUGUACAUCUCCUACCUUGACAGUGUGCACUUUUUCCAACCCCGUCACCUGAGAACCGGAGUCUAUCAUGAGAUCCUGAUUGGAUACUUGGAGUAUGUUAAAAAAAUGGGGUUUGUCACUGGCCACAUAUGGGCUUGUCCUCCAAGUGAAGGUGACGACUACAUCUUCCACUGCCAUCCAUCGGAUCAGAAGAUUCCCAAACCUAAACGCCUACAAGAAUGGUACAAGAAGAUGCUUGACAAAGCAGUAGCUGAGAGAAUUAUACACGACUACAAGGACAUUUUUAAGCAGGCAACAGAGGAUCGUCUGACCAGUGCGAAGGAGCUCCCAUAUUUUGAGGGUGAUUUCUGGCCUAAUGUGUUGGAGGAGAGCAUUAAAGAGCUGGAACAGGAGGAGGAAGAACGGAAGAGAGAGGAAAACAACACCUCUAGUGAGAGCAUUGACGCUACCAAUGGUGACAGCAAGAAUGCCAAAAAAAAGAACAGCAAGAAGACUAGCAAGAACAAGAGCAGCUUGAGCCGAGCCAAUAAAAAGAAACCGGGCAUGCCAAAUGUCUCAAAUGAUCUAUCCCAGAAACUCUAUGCUACUAUGGAGAAACACAAAGAGGUUUUCUUUGUCAUCCGUCUCAUUGCUGGCCCUUCUGUCAAUUCCCUUCCACCCAUUUUGGACUAUGACCCCCUGAUGGCCUGCGAUCUGAUGGAUGGACGAGAUGCUUUCCUAACGCUUGCACGAGACAAGCACCUUGAAUUCAGCUCGCUGAGGCGGGCCAAAUGGAGCUCCAUGUGUAUGUUAGUAGAACUGCACAAUCAGAGCCAGGACCGCUUUGUCUACACGUGCAAUGAAUGCAAGCACCACGUUGAGACACGCUUUCACUGCACUGUUUGUGAGGAUUAUGAUCUCUGCAUCACUUGCUACAACAUUAAGGGCCAUGAGCACAAGAUGGAUAAACUUGGACUGGGUCUUGAUGACGAGAGCAACAACCAAGCUGCAGCCGCCACACAGAACCCUGGUGACUCGCGUCGUCUAAGCAUCCAACGCUGCAUCCAGUCACUGGUGCAUGCAUGCCAGUGUCGCAAUGCUAAUUGCUCUUUGCCAUCUUGCCAGAAGAUGAAGAGAGUAGUGCAACAUACCAAGGGCUGCAAACGCAAGACCAAUGGUGGCUGUCCCAUCUGCAAGCAACUCAUUGCACUAUGUUGCUAUCAUGCUAAGCACUGCCAGGAAAACAAGUGUCCUGUGCCCUUCUGUCUCAACAUCAAGCACAAGCUUCGUCAGCAGCAGCUGCAACACAGGCUUCAACAAGCGCAAAUGCUGCGUAGACGUAUGGCCACCAUGCAACGAGCAGGGCAGCCACCACCAUGUGGUGGUGGGCCUCCUGGAGGUCUUCCAUCCCCCGGCAAUAAUGGAGCCACAGGUCCUAGCACACCUACUUCGGUCGGUACGCAACCUGCAACCCCUCAGACGCCCACACAGCUGACACCCAACCAUACGUCUCUGCCCCAGCCUGGUGUGGGUGGAGUCCCACCUGGAGCUCCCCAGCAGCCGCCUCAGCAUCCCGUCCACCACCAGUUUCAGCAGAUGCCAGGUGCAGGCGGAAUGAUGACCUCACCGCAGCAACAAAUGGUUCCUCAACAACCUGUGGGACAACUCUCGCAUCCACACAAUCAAUAUGGUCCCCAUUCCACAGGCCCUUCCCCAAAUCCACAGUCGCAGGGUAAGCCAAGCCUUGGUCCUGCAACUCCUCCUCAACUCCCCAGCAAUCCAGGCACAGCACCUAUGUCCCAGCAACAGCAACUUUCAGGUCCUCCACCUGCAGCUGUGGAGAUAGCCAUGAAGAUCCAGCAAGUGGCAGAUGCACAGCGAAAGAUGGCACAGGUUCAGAUGCUACAAAGGCAGGCUGCGCAAGCUGGCAUGAUGCCGCAGCACCAUCAGCAGCCACAGGGACAGAUGGGAGUAGCCCACCCUGGGAUUGGCAUGGUAGGGCCACAAGGAAUAGCCUCGCAGGCACAAGCAUCAGCGAACAGAGUGCAGAUGGAGCAGCAGCAAGGAUCUCAGGGAAUGAUGGUCGGAGCUGGGCCCAUGCAGCUGCAGCAGCAACCCCAACAGACAGUUGUGCAAGGCCAAAUGCCACCCCAAAUGCAUCUACAGCAGCCGAGAAUGAACCCACCACUUCAGCUUCAGCAGCAACAGUGGCCGGGGAAGGGUAUGCCAACCCAGCAGAGACCUGCCAUGAUGGCUCAACCGGGAAUGGUCGCAAUGCAGCCCCCUCCGCAGCAGCAGCAGCAGCAACCGCAACAACCACAACAGCAACAAUCACAACAAAUGCAACAACAGCAAGCACCCCAAAUGCUGAAUCGAAACGCCUUGAUGAGUAUGGUGCAGGCUAGUCUGCAGAGUGGCGUAGCAAGUGGGGCAGCAGCUGGCAAUCUGCCUCAGGGAGCCCUGCAGGAUCUUUUGCGGACCCUGCGAUCUCCAAGCUCUCCUCUACAGCAGCAGCAAGUCCUCAAUAUUCUUCGGUCUAACCCACAACUAAUGGCAGCAUUUAUCAAGCAGCGGGUUCACAAGUAUAAAGUAGGUACUGGUGGCCCCGCUGUACCACAGGGUGGGCCAGGACCUAUGGGAGGCCAGCCAGUGGGUGUCAGUACUGGGGUGUCCCAGCCUGGCAUGCACCUUGGACAGGGUGUUAACAUGCAGACUCAACUUCCUCAGCUCCAACAGCAGCAGCAAAUGCAACAGCGGCCGCUAUUGCAGCAGCAGCAGCAGCUGCAACAUCAGCAGCUGCAACAGCAGCAGCAGCAAGUUGCUGCCUUGCAGCAGCAGCAAGCUGCUGCCUUGCAGCAGCAGCAAGCUGCUGCCUUGCAGCAGCAACAACAACAGCAAGGAAUUCAGGGUCAGGGGGUUACAAACAUGGCCAACAUGAAUCCACAGUUUAGAGAUCUGGUCAUGAGAAGGCAACAGCAACUACAGUUUCAGCAGCAACAACAACAACAACAACAACAGCAGCAGCAGCAAGUUGCUGCCUUGCAGCAGCAACAACAACAGCAAGGAAUUCAGGGUCAGGGGGUUACAAACAUGGCCAACAUGAAUCCACAGUUUAGAGAUCUGGUCAUGAGAAGGCAACAGCAACUACAGUUUCAGCAGCAACAACAACAACAACAACAACAACAACAGCAGCAGCAGCAGCAACAAAUAAGUAAUCACGCAGCAUUUCAACAGCAGCAAGUUUACAUGGGUCAGCAGGGUAACAUGCAAGUCCCGCCAGGUGGUCAACCGCUACAAGGUGUGCAACCUGGCCAGCAGCAGAGUUUUCCAGGCAACCCUGCGCAACCGCAAGCUGCAGCUGCCUUGCAACAGAGGCUUGCACAGCAACACCAGCAACAGAUGCAACAGCAGCAGAAUGCGGCAUCGCAAGGUCCCGAUGUGGGGCACGGAGGAGGUCCACAGCCCACGCAAGGAGGCCCCAGUCUUCAGACAUCACAGGCAUUAUUGCAACAGGCCUUGCAUCAGUGUAUCCUUCAACAGCAGCAACAUCUCAGUGGCACCUCGCUGGCACAGCAGAACAACCCCAUGAGCCCGCAGCAGCAUCAGAUGUCUCAAUCGCCCCACUUGCAGGGCCAACAGCUCCCAUCUACCCUCAGCAACCAGGUCUGUUCCCCCCAGCCCUCCCCGCGACCCCAGUCCCAGCCACCUCACUCAAGUCCAUCCCCGCGCCUGCAACCACAGCCCUCACCCCACCACAUCUCUCCUCAGACCCAAACGGGUUCUCCGCAUCCUAGCCACCUUCAGCAGCAUCACUCAGGCAUGGCUCCACCUCCUCCACCUCCCCAACAGCCACAGCACAACUCUAAGGACCCAAGUGGAUUUGGUGCAGAUCAGAACGCCAUGCUGUCUCAGCUCAGUGGCUUGGCAGGACUCCGCGGACCUGGAGCUAAUGAUAUGCUGCCCCCUAGUGGCCAGGACCUUGCCAUUAACAGGAAUAACACUUUAGACAUCAUAUAGCUAUUAUGGAAUUCACAAAACCUCACCAGAGACAGUGUUAGAUUUUUUUUUUAUACUACAAGGAUGAGUUUAGUGUUUUUCAUCAUAAAUGCUUUGAAAAUGGACCCGCCUAGAGAGAUGGCAAAUAAGUAUCGGGGGUGUGUUUUUUUUUCUUUUUCCUUUGCCAGUUGUGUACAAAGAGAGGAUUGUUUCUCAGCCUCAGAGAACAAACCACAAGUAAUAUUUUCAACGUCAGGUCCAGG